GAUUUCACCACCACACCUUACCGAACGGACAUUCCCGUUUUUGAAACGAUAAUCCGUUACCUGGGGGGGUUGAUUGCGGCGUAUGACAUCUCGGGCAUGAAGAAGGAAUACAAAGUGCUGCUGGACAAGGCGGAGGAGCUGGCCGAGAUCUUGAUGAGCGUCUUUGACACGCCCAACAGGCUGCCGAUCUUGUAUUACCAGUGGCACCCGGCGUACAACAUUGCGCCGAAACGGGCGGCGCAGAACGCGGGCGUGGCGGAGCUGGGGAGCAUGAGCAUGGAGUUUACGAGGUUGGCGCAGUUGACGGGGGAGAACAAGUAUUAUGAUGCUGUGGCUAGGAUUACGGACGCGUUUGAGGAGUUGCAGAAUUGGAAGGGAAGGGGGAGGAGUGCGAUUGAGGGGAUUUUCCCGGAGCAUUUGGAUGCCAGUGGGUGCAAUAGGAGUGCGCCUUGGCCGCCGGUUGAUCAGCAGGAGAGGGAGGAUGGGAGGGUUGAUCUUGGGGUGGUGGGGGUUGAUGGGUUGGGGGUUGUUGGGGGGACGGGGGUUAAGGUGCAGAGGAGGGAGGAGGUUGUCAGGGGGGAUGAUGGGGUUGGGGGGAGGGAUCAAAUGACGCCGGGAAGGCCGGGGAAGAAAAAGUUGCCGGACGGGUUUGAGUGUGCUCCUCAGGGGCUGGUGAGUUCGAAUGCUUGGGGGUCGUACGGGAUGGGCGGGAGUCAGGAUUCGGCGUAUGAGUACUUUCCUAAACAGUAUUUGCUGCUGGGGGGGCUGGUGCCGAAGUACAAGACCAUGCAUGAGAAGACUGUGGCGGCGGUGAAGAAGCAUCUCUUGUUUAGGCCGAUGGCGAAGGGUGAUCCGGAUAUUUUGUUUUCGGCCAAGGCGACGAGCAAAGAUGGGACGGCCGACAGCUUGGACUAUGAGUGGGAGAUUACUCACUUGACUUGCUUUCUGGGUGGCAUGUUUGGACUUGGGGGAAAGAUCUUUGAGAGUCCGGAGGAUGUCGAGAUUGGGAAGAAGCUUGCGGAGGGUUGCUUCUGGGCCUACGAUGUUAUGCCCACGGGUAUCAUGCCUGAGUACGCCAAGAUUAUGCCUUGCAAGUCGGCGACGGAUUGCAAGUUUAACGAGACGGCGUGGCAUGAGCAGUUGGACUAUAGGGCUUCGUAUCGGGCGCAGGAGAUGGAGAGGUAUUACGAGAGCAAGGCUGCUUGGAAGGAGCAGGUGGAGGAGAUUAAGAAGGAGCAGGCGCUGCAGAAGGAGAGGGUGGAGAAGGCAAAGGAGGAGGCGGCGAGACGGCCGGUGGCUAAGAGCAACGCCAAUUCUGACACUGGUGCUGGGUCUGACCAGAAGACUGAGCCUAAGCAGCCGGUACAACAGCAGCAGCAGCAGCAGCAGCAAGAGGAAAAGCCCCAAGCACGGGAGGGGUCGUUCCCCUCUCGCUUCCAACGCCGCCAGUUGAAUGGAACAUUUAACGAGCCUAGAGGAGCGGACUUGCAAAACAGCCUGGAUCUGAACUCUGCCCCCGUCACAAACACCAACACCAAUGAUGAUGACUGGGCAACAACCUACUCGGACGACGACGACAGCCAAAUCCCCCUUACGGAGUUGACCCUACCCCCGGAGCCAAUCAAACCAAUGACUCACGAAGAGUACAUUGCCGACCGCCUGAAGAAUGAGAUCAUCCCCCCCGGCUUCACCUCUUUGAGCGAUAAACGCUACAUCCUCCGCCCCGAAGCAAUCGAGUCGGUCUGGUACAUGUACCGCAUCACAGGCGAUCCCAAGUGGCAAGAAAAGGGAUGGAAAAUGUUUGAGUCUGUGAUUAAACACACGCAGACAGAGGUGGGACAUUCAGCAAUAAGGGACGUCACUGCCAAGGGUGACGCGGGCGGGAUGGAUGAUAGUAUGGAGAGUUUCUGGCUGGCGGAGACGCUGAAGUAUUUUUAUCUGUUGUUUGCGGAGCCCGAGGUGGUGAGUUUGGAUGAGUGGGUUUUGAAUACGGAGGCGCAUCCUUUUAGGAGGCCGACGUAG